AUAUGGCUACUUCCUGGAAACUCCCAUUUGCCUUCGGAGCUACACAAUCCAGAAGGACUGGACUGCGCGCUGAAAAUAUGGAGCGUUCUGACGGUUGUAAUUAAAUCAUCUUUGACCAUUUGCAAUACUGUAUCAUUGACGUUUACGCUCUGAUGAUAUGAAAAGCCAUCGAUGAACUAUAUUGCCUCGCAAGUCGCUUAUGGGAUUUGUAGUUUGCAGAGCCUUAGCUGCCUUUUUAAAGUCAACGUUUUGUUUUGGCUACUUUAAAAACGAUUAACCUAUAUUGAGUUACAAAAUGUUACUUUUAGUGAAUAUCGAGACAUGAACCCUAAAAUAUAUUGCCGAUAACUCGCAUUCUACACCACUUCAGAAAAAGUGAUGUAAGUCAGGUCUGAGGUCUUGAAACAGUGUAACCUGGCAUUUGUACUGUUUUUGAAACAUUGUAUCACCUUUUCCUAAAAUAUUGUAACGCAUAAUUGUAUCAAUGUUUAUCAUUCUAUGCAUAUGAUAUGUGAAAUAAAUAUGAUAAUGGUAACUUUUUGUUAGCUACAGUAACAGUUAAUGUUAGACGAUUACAGGCUACUGCUCCAGACACCUCUGAGCACCGCCCGAAGACAGAAGUCUGCACACAUUAUUCAAAUUAAUUCCACGUGUCACCGGAAACUGCAGGUAGGGCGAAGGUAUAGUUUCUGACAGGUAUCGCGGAUUAAAUGUAUGAUAAGACUUUUCACUUUCGGUUGUUCCUUCUGAAUUGACAUUUUUGGUUGUAGGGUGCUCAAAAUGGAUUUCACUCAAGAAGCUAUUAUCUCGCUGUUGAUAGAAGAAGGAGGGAAGUUGAAGAAUUCCGAGUUGCUGACUAAAUUCAAAGAUUCCUUGAACUGCACUGAUCCCGCAGAGAAGAAACAGAACAGGGAUCUAUUCAAAAGGUUUGUGAACACUGUUGCUGUCGUGAAAGAAAUUGAAGAUGUCAGGUAUAUUGUACUAAAGAAAAAAUAUCAGCAUUUGUUACAAGAAACAGAGGAUGUUCAAAAGUCUGAAAGUGAAGAGGUCCCCGAGCCAGGUGAAGCCUCACCUGUAUGGAACAGAGAGAACUAUGCACAUUCUCAAAAUGGAGGAAGUGAGAUAAGUUCUGAAAAUGUCCAAGAACCUGUUAUUACAAGUGUCGGUAAAUGUGUCUCAAAUGACAGUGACAUACAUUCAUUUAUAGAGCUGGCAUUUAAAGAAAAAGUUGAUUUCAAACCAAAAAGGUCACUGAAUUUCAACAUCGACCAUACUUCUGAUCCGCAGAGAGAAUAUAUCUCCUCUGGGGGGGCUGUGUAUCCUGGGAAGACAAAGAACCCUAGUGUGCAGAAGCCAUUUGCACUGCCUUUACGAAUGCCUCCAAACUUGGCCAGAAUAGAGAUCCAUAAACUCAAAUCUGAGGAUGACGAUGGCCCUCCAAGGAGAGCUGGAUCCACUGACCAAGAUGCACACAGCUCCUCUAGAACCAAGAGAAGACCAUCCACUAUGAGUGUGGGUUUAAGCUCUCCGCUACCAAGGAGGGCUGUCAAGAUCACCAAACCUUCUGAGGAGCCCAAGUACACAUCCACAGUCCCCCUGGAAGAGGCAGAGCAUGAGUGGCUGGUGAGGUCUGCUGCUGGACACUGGAGACGGGUGUACGGCCUGCUCCUCAGAGACACACAGCUGGCAGAGAAGAAGGACUUCAUGUCCGGCUUCACAGCCCUUCACUGGGCAGCCAAGUGUGGUAACAGUGAGAUGGUGGGUAGUAUCAUCAACAUAUCCAGGCAAGGUGGAAUGGACCUCGACGUCAAUGCCAGAACAUAUGGAGGGUACACGCCACUGCACAUUGCUGCUUUGCAUGACCAGGAGUUUGUGUUGGCCAUGCUGGUGCAUGAAUACGGAGCGGAUGUGAAUAUAAGGGACAAUUGUGGAAAGAAGCCAUAUCACUACCUGCGCAAAGGGAUUUCUUCUGAGGUGAGGGAGCUGCUUGGUGAACCUAAGGUCCAGCCCCAGGAAGUUCUCCAAGCGGAAAGGGAGGAGCUAGAUAUCUUCCCAGACCUCUCCAAAGGCUUGCAUACGAUAAGUCGCCUCUUCAAUCCCCAUGUGGAAAAAAAGAAAAAGCACAAGCAAAGACCCUCUGUCUAUUUGCUGGGUGUCAACCCGAGGGAUGAGAGAGAUGAGAGUUCAUCCAAUCACAGAGAGACCUCAGAUGCAUUUAAGUAACAUGAGUCUGAUGUGAAAUACAAUAAUACAGUUUGAUAUUUUGCACAAAAUCUAUUUAGCUUUUCAUGGAUUUUACUCUUAUAUAGAUACAAACAUAUGAGGUUAUGAGAGGAACAUUCAGUUGUGUUGAACUUUGUGUUUUUUAUAAAUCAACAAGUGCAACCAUCAUCAUUUCAUUACUCCCUUUUUAAUCAAACAACCACUUAUUACUAGUAGGAAGGUAUAGUAUCAAAAGUGCUACUCUCUCUGUGUCGUGUAAUUUAUAAUGUAUCUAAUCGUGUUAAUAUUGAAUAAGUAAUGCAUGACUUCAUAUACGAGGAAAUGCAUUUUUUGCUCGAUGGGAUUUAACAUCAAUUUCAGCAGAUCAAAAAAACUCCAUGAACACAUUAUUGUAUGUGUCCUUGUACUAAACCUGUACAUGAGAGAUGAAUAUGAUUCAUGUCUGGGUAUUAACAUUGCCUUCACUCUCAGGGGUCAUCAUUUGUGUCAUCUUUUUAGAUCGAUUUUCUGUCUAAGAAACACAUUUGUUUGAAGAGGUUGCCGCAGUACUGAAUAAUUGUGAAAGUGAACAAUACUAUGUCGCCUUACUGUUUAAGAUUCCUGUAGUAUCAAUGUGUUAUGAUGAGUGAAUAUUGAUACAUUGUUUAAAGGAUUGAUUUGGUGAAAUGCAAAGAUAUACUCUGAAAUAUUUAUCUGUGAUUUUCAAGUCAGAUGCAUCUUGUCUUUCUUCCAUGUCUUAUACAAUACUUACUUUAGUAAUAAUCUAAUUUGUUAGUUUUAGUAAAGAAAACAUUGUUUGAUGUACAGUGCCUUCAGAAAGUAUUCACACCCUUUGACUUUUUCCACAUUUUGUUAUUUUACAGCCUGAAUUUAAAAUGUAUUAAAUUGAGAUUUUGUGCCACUGGCCGACACACAAUACCCCAUGUGGAACUAUGUUUUUAGAAAUGUUUACAAAUGAAUACAAAUGAAAAGCUGAAAUGUCUUGAGUCUAUAAGUAAGUAUUCAACCCUUUUGAUUAUGAUAAGCCAAAAUAAAUUCAGUACUAAAAAAGUGCUUAACAUGUCACUUAAGUUGCACAAACUCACUCUGUGUGCAAUAAUAGUGUAUAACAUGGUUUUUGAAUGACUACCUCAUCCCUAUACCCAACACAUAUCUGUAAGGUCCUACAGUCGAGCAGUGAAUUUCAAACACAGAUUCAACCAAAAACACCAGGGAAGUUAUCCAAUUCCUGGCAAAGAAGGGCACCUAUUGGUAUAGAUAAAAAGCAGACAUUGAAUAUAUUUUAUUUUUGAAUUAACCUUUACUUAACAAGGAAAGUCAGUUAAGAACAAAUUCUUAUUUACAAUGACAGCCUACCCCGGCCAAACCCUAACCCCGACAACACUGGGCCAAUUGUGCGACACCCUAUGGGACUCCAAAUCACGGCAAGUUGUGAUACAGCCUGGAAGCAAACCAGGGUCUGUAGUGACAGCUCUUGCACUGAGAUGCAGUGCCUUAGACCACUGCACCACUCGGGAGCCUCUUGAGCAUGGUGAAGUUAUUCAUUACUCCUUGGCUGGUGGUUCAAUACACCCAGUCACCACAAAGAUACAGGCGUCCUUCCUAACUCAGUUGCCAGAAAAGAAGGAAACCGCUCAGGGAUUUGACCAUGAGGCAACUGGUGCCUUAAAAAUAGUUACAGAGUUUAAUGGCUGUGAUAGGAGAAAACUGAGGUCGGAUCAACAACAUUGUAAUUAUUCCUGGGGCGGCAGGUAGCCAAGUGUUUAGACCAUGGGGGCCAGUAACCGAAAGUGGAUCAAAUCCCUGAAAUCUGUCAUUGUGUCCCUGAGCAAGGCAGUGAACCCACUGUUCCCCGGGCGCCAUGGAUGUCGAUUAUGGCAACCCCCGCACUUCUCUGAUUCAGAGGGGUUGGGUUAAAUGCGUAAAGCAUUCAGUUGUACAAUUGACUAGGUAUCCCCUGAACAAUACUUACCUAAAUGACAGAGUGAAUAAAGGAAGGCUGUACAGAACACAAUGUGUUAUGUGGGGCAAAUCACUGAGCACCACAGUGAGGGGAAAAAGGCAUUUGAUCCCCUGCUGAUUUUGUACAUUUGCCCAUUGAC